AUGUCUGGCCGACCCUCGGGAUCCGGUCGAAGCUCGGCCACUCCGGCUGGUUCUCGGCCUGGAUCACGUGCUGGAUCCCAGGUUGGAUCUCCCGCUCGAGGUUCUAGCAAGCAAUCUGGAUUCCCUCAAGGCCCCGGAUACGAUCCUGCUCGCGAUCGACCCGAGCUUACACCCGCCGAACGUCUUGGCAAGCGUUUUGACUUGCCAGCUGACGCAUACAAGAAGGAUGGUGCAAAGGAAACACGCUUUGCGGCCCGCCCCGGUUUCAACACCGAUGGUAAAGCUAUCAAGGUUCAGUUGAACCUAUUCCCUGUCACCAGCUGGGUAGACAAGGAGGUCUACCAGUACGAUAUCAUCGUAUCCCCCAACCCCAAAGACUCCAAUGCUCUGGUCAAGAAGGUUUGGAACACGAAGACCGUGACAGAGGAACUAGCAAAGAAGGGUGGCAUGUGGCUUUAUGAUGGCAGCAAGCUGGCCUGGUCCUCGGAGAAGAUUGAACGUAAUGAAGCCCGCUUCACGGUUGAUCUUGACUCCCUGAAGGAAAGGGCCGAGCAUGAGGACAUCGCGAAAAAGGUCGCAAAGACGAGUGUCUAUAGCCUCGCUAUUCGACAGACAACGACCAUCCGCUUGUCAUACCUUAAGGCCUAUCUUCAAGGCAAGAUCUCCUGGGACACACACGUCCUUGAAUGCAUGAAUUUCUUCGACCACUGUCUACGCCAGUUCCCCUCAGAGCAGUGGGUCACUAUCAAGCGUAAUUUCUAUGAUCCUAUGUUCCCUGUCGGAGCUCUUUCAGGCGACCUGGUAGUAAACCAAGGCAUCUAUUGUGCACCUCGCCUCAGCGAGUCAAUCAACAGAAAUGGAACUGGUCUUGCGAUCAACGUUGAUAGAUGCCAAACCGCGUUUUGGCCUGUUGACAGCAUUGACCAACUAGCCCUACGUCUGUUGAAUGCGCAUAAGGAGGAGUGGUCCACAUGGGACGAACACAAAAUGGCAUUCAAUUUGAGACCCAAAGAAGAAUUUGACAAGAAGACUGGUAAAACCAAGAUUGUUCCCUCCGAAGCCUUUACCUUCCUUCGACGAUUGUCGAAGCUGAAGUUCCACGUGAACCAUCGAGGAAAGCUUGGUAGACCUAAGGUCUACACUAUCAAGAGCCUCACAUUCAAUGAGAAAUUCGGUACCGAUGGUGCGCAUUCGCACACGAUGACCUUUGAAAAGACCCUAGAGAAUGGAGCAAAGAAGACAGUGUCUGUCUUCGAUCACUACAAUGAUCGUUGGGGUAUCCGCCUACGGUGGCCCAAGCUCCCACUCAUAGAGUCUAUGAAUGGAAAUCUAUUCCCUCUUGAACUUUGUAAUAGCGUCAAGGACCAGCGCUAUACGUUCAAGCUGAACGCCCAACAGACCACGGACAUGAUCAAGGCGGCGGCUACCAGACCACCAAAGCGUCGAUCUGAUAUCAUUGAAGGCAUUACUCACCUGAAGUGGUCUGAAGAUCCUUACCUGAAGGCCUUCGGUAUUCAGGUAAGCUCUUCGAUGGUAGUCUCGGAUGCACGACUUCUUCCAAAUCCUGAGGUUGCCUUUGCCAACCAGAAAAUCAAUCCAGGUGUGAGCGGCCGGUGGGAUCUUCGCGGAAAGAAGUUCUUGGAGCCCAAUCGCGUACAUCUACACUCCUGGAGCAUUGUCUGCUGUGGAGAACACACCAUCAGGCGAGAGGAGUUAGAGAAUUUUGCCAAAGAAUUCUCUGUGACCUACCGAAGCCAUGGAGGCGUUGUCACCAAGCCUGCGGUUUGUCUGACUAUCGGAUUCGGGGAUGGGAACUAUUCCAAGAUCUGCGAACAGGCAUACAAUUUGACGCAGAAGGCUAAUCCUGAAAUCGAUCCUCAAAUGAUCUUCUUCAUCUUACCAACCAAGAACCAGCUUGUCUACGAGCGUGUUAAGAAGAGUAUGGAUUGUCGAUACAACUUAGUCUCUCAGUGCGUUCAAGCAGCCCACGCGAGGAGGGCCCAAGCACAGUACUUGAGCAAUGUUGCCAUGAAGGUGAAUAGCAAACUUGGGGGUGUCACAUGCAAAAUUCCGAACGUGACCAAACCCAACCAGCCACCAUUCUGGACUCGUCCCACCAUGAUGAUUGGUGUUGAUGUGUCACACGCUGCGCCGGGCAGCAGUCAGCCAUCUAUGGCCGCUUUAACCAUGUCCAUGGACAAACACGCUACACGCUUUGGCGCAGCCUGCCAGACGAACGGUUGGCGAGUCGAGACCAUCCAACCAGACAACAUGGAAGAGAUGAUUAUGAAGCUUGCGAAGCACUGGGUCCAGAUAAAUGGUACCCAUCCACAGCACAUUUACUAUCUCCGAGAUGGCGUCUCAGAGGGCCAGUUCCAUGAUAUCCUCAACAAAGAGGUAGUUAACAUGCGCCAAGUGUUCCAGAAACUGGGCUACGGUACCCCUAGAUUUACCGUCAUCAUUGCGACGAAGCGUCAUCACGUCCGGUUUUUUCCUAAACCAAACGACAAGGCAAGCGGCGAUCGCAACGGCAAUCCACUACCUGGUACGUUGGUGGAACGAGAUGUAACCCACCCGCAGCAUUUUGAUUUCUACCUUUGUUCGCAUGUAGCUAUCCAAGGUACUGCUCGUCCGGUUCAUUACCAAGUCAUUCUUGAUGAGGCUGGUGUCAAACCCAAUGAACUUAUGAAGAUGAUUUACCAACAAUGCUAUCAAUUCUGCCGCUCAACUACGCCGGUAUCAUUACACCCGGCCGUCUACUACGCGCAUUUGGCAUCAAACCGUGCGCGCUCACAUGAGGAUAUCUCCCCGGAAAAAAUGGUCAUGGCGUAUGCCAAGCCGGGCUUCCCAUACGUGAAGAGCGACGGAGAGAUCUACGAAGAGGCCGAGGAACGGGUCAAGGCAAGGCCUCCCCGCCUACUAUCGAUGGCGAAUACUCGAUGGAAGAUCGACAGGAUCGCCUUUAUGAAUACUACUAUGUGGUAUGUAUAAGCAUACUCGGAAUUCAAUACGGUAUAUACUUGGUUCUUCCGAGUAUGCAUUGUUCCCGGUCAUGGCCCAGCACUUCCCUGGGUUUCGGCUAUCUGGUUAACGGUACACUGGUUUCAAUGACUUCGACCCGAACCAUGGCACUUCCUUCAGAUCACAAAGGAACUAGUUACUUC